CAGUUGAGACUUGCUUGACUGCAGUUUAAGUUAGAACAAAAACUUCAUAUAUGGUCAACAAGUUUAUAAUAUUUUUGUUAUUUUCCAUUGUUAUAUUUUUUUAAUAAUAAAAUCAAUAUAUUAUAAACAAUAUUUAUUGGAUUGUUGUCAGCUAAACAACUGAACAAAUAAUAAUUGUUGAUUAUUUUUCUACAAUAAUAAAUAAAAUAAAUAAAUUAUUCAGAAAAUGCGUCGACAAAAACCAGGAAUGAUUAUUAUACCAAAAGAUGAACCAGUACCUCUUACACCACCAAGAAAUCUUGACAAACGUACAGAUAUCACAAUUGGUGAUAGAACAUUUGUUGUUGAAGCUGACGAUCUUGAGACACUUUGUUUACUUGGACGUGGUGCAUAUGGUGUUGUUGAAAAAAUGAGACACAAACAGUCAGAAACAAUAAUGGCUGUUAAGAGAAUACCAGCAACAACAGUUAACACACUUGAACAAAAACGUUUAUUGGUUGAUUUGGAUAUAUCAAUGAGAACAUCAGAUUGUCCAUAUACUGUACAAUUUUAUGGUGCAUUAUUUCGUGAAGGUGAUGUUUGGAUAUGUAUGGAAGUUAUGGAUAUGAGUCUUGAUAAAUUUUAUCCAAUAGUAUAUUCAAAUGGUUUAACAAUAAAUGAAGAUAUACUUGGAAAAAUAUGUUUUGCUGUUGUUAGUGCACUUCAUUAUCUUUAUUCUGAAUUACGUGUUAUUCAUAGAGAUGUUAAACCAAGUAAUAUAUUAAUUAAUCGUAAAGGUGAAGUUAAAAUGUGUGAUUUUGGUAUAUCUGGAUAUCUUGUUGAUUCAAUUGCAAAAACAAUUGAUGCUGGAUGUAAAUUAUAUAUGGCUCCAGAGAGAAUAGAUCCAACAGGUAAUCCAUCACAGUAUGAUAUUAGAUCAGAUGUUUGGUCACUUGGUAUAUCUCUUGUUGAAUUAGCAACUGGUCAAUUUCCAUACAAAUUAUGGAGUACACCAUUUGAACAAUUGAAAGAAGUUGUUAAAGAACCAUCACCAAAAUUACCAAAAGGAAAAUUUACACCUGAGUUUGAAGAAUUAAUCAAUGAAUGCUUGAAAAAGGAUUAUCCAACACGUCCAAAUUAUAGUCAACUAUUUGAAACAAAAUUUAUUGCUCAACAUUCAAAGAAAAUGACAAAUGUUGCUGAAUUUGUUAGUAAAAUAUUGGAUCUUCCAGAUAAAGAAUAGCAUAACAAAUAU